AUGGACCGAGACUUUUUUCUCUCUGGGUCGCCCUUUUUUGGGGAGGGCGGAGGACGGUGGGGCCAGCUAUUUGCGGGAGACCUGGCGGUGGUGGCGACCCCCUUCUCGGGGCUACGCGCCCUAGCCCUUGGCGCUGCUGGCUCGCGCUCUCGGUUGUACGCACCCGGCGGCGCGGAGAACGAAAUCCGCCGGUGCAAACCCCGCCUGCUGAGCGGUGGAGGUGACCCCGGCGCGGGCGCCCAGGCCCCCUCGGCGCUUCCUCCCUCCUCCUACGAAAUCGCUCCCGCUCGUCAUCUCGGUCGGUACAACGCGGCGCACGCCUGGGUCCUCCAAGCGCCCAGCCAGGAGCCUCCCCACCCGCGCGGGCCCGGCGCCCGCUUCCGCCCCUAUUUCCCAGGUUUGAGCCGCCCGCGGCGAGGAAAGGUCGCGAAGUUUCAAAGGUCAGCUGUGCGGAUCCACGGACUUGAGCACGACUUUGGCGGGUCCUACAAGGCGGGGGGCUCUUCCAGCUCGGCCUCGGCUCUGGGCCGCACGCGCCCCCGGGAGGACAGGCGGCACGGCGCAGCGGCCGCCGCGGGCCACCGCGGGCAGGCGGGCGCGGAGGGGAGGGGCGCCGACGCCCCCGCACUCCGGCCCAGCUCGCUCUCCGCACGCGCGUCUGGCGGCCGUCUCCUUCCCGGCUUCCUCGCAGGGCUUCCAGUGACCGGUCGAGGCCGGGGACGCGGGGCCGGCGGCUUCUGGUCAAGCUCCGCCUGCGGCCCCGGCGUCAAGCAGCGGCUUGGCCCAGGCCCACCGGCCAGGCCGCUGGGCACUAGCCCGGGUGCUCACCCGAGCCGCUCGCUCGCCAAGUUGUUAAUCGGUGUGGACACGAGAAUGCGGGCAGCGUGCCGUGCCCUCCGGCGACGGCUGUCCUGGGCGGGGGACGCUAGGCCCUCCCGGCUGGCGCCCCGGGCCGGGCGAGGGGUGGGAGCCCGGGCAGAGCUCGUCGCGUCUUUGAAGGCCGCCCAGCAGAACUGCGCGCUAAAGCUGCGCUCGGCCCGGCUCUCCGCCUCGAUUGGUUUGGUUUGGGCUGAGUGGGGGCCCCCUCGAGGAGACGCCAGCGUCCAGGUGUACGGGGCAGGUGGCCGAGAUUCUGGUGGGAAAGUUUCCCACAGAAGGGCCGGGCAGGCCGAGCGGCAGGAGGAGCCCGCGCUCGCUGGAGGCGAGGCCCCGGCGGCCUGGCACCCCGCGGCCGCCCAGCUUCGCGCGCCCGGCCCGCCGCCGCCCUCCCUCUUGAGCGCCUGCAGCUCCGCCGGGGCCGAGGGCCCUUCCCUCGCGCACCCCGGCUCGAAAAACCCCGAAGACGCGCGCCGAGCCCUGGAGCGGCGCGCGAGGCUGCAGGAGCCGGGAACCGGGCGCAGCGGCGGAGAGCGGGGGCCGGAGGCCGGCGGCUCCGCGAGGCGGCGAGGGCGGCGGCGGCCAGCAGACGGCGAUCGCGGCCCGCGCUCCCGCGGCUCCGGGCAGGGGGGAAACGCGGCCUCCGCCGCCGCCCUCCCGGCGCUGUCCCCCUCCAGCGGCGCCCGCCGGCGCCGCCGUCCCUCCCGCCUCUCCUCGGCCUGCGCCUCCUGUCGGCAGAGACGACCUCGAAGGCCUGAGCGGCCUCCGGGUCUCCCUUUUUCUCCUCGCCCGCGCUCGCUCCCUCUGCCGCCUUCUCCUCCCCGCUCGCUCUUCUCCGAUCACUUUUUUCUCUCCGCAAAUCCGGCCUCGAAUUGGCGGCUCCCUCCCUCAGGAUUUGCCUCCCUAGACUCUGGUCUGAGCCCUUUGGGGCGACACCAGAGCCUGCAAGGCUGCGCCCCGGGCGGUGCACGGAGGCGUCUACGCAGGGCCUCGGUUGUCCACGCGUCCCGGAAGCCGCAGGAGCGGAACUGUGGGCGGGCAGCGGCCCGCGGUCUGCGCGCAUCCCCCGGGCGGGUGUCCCCAGGACGGGCCGGCUGCGCCAAGGCCGCCCAAGACAGGCGUUUUUAG